UAUUGCUCCUUUUUGUUUUGCGCGCGCGCUCCGUGUAUUUACGUUCGUCCUAUUGCGUAUGUGUGCAUGAUAUGGGAUGAGAUGAUGGCUACCGGUUAAAAUCUCCCUUCGUCGGGCGUUUGAAUUUUUGCGAGUGACCCCGAUGAACGCGAGGAUGUAACGAGGUAUCGGCUCGUUAAUAAAGAGAGCAGAUUGAUAAUAUUGCGCCGACACGGUGGGUGAGACUCCAAAGCCGCUUUGGGUUCCUUCUUUGUAUAGCUGCUGAACGGAGAUAUAGCCAAAAUGCCGUGUGAAAUGAUAACUCUGCAACUGGGCCAAUGCGGUAACCAAAUUGGCUUUGAGUUCUGGAAGAGGCUCUGUGCAGAGCACGGGAUAAGUCCUGAAGGAAUAUUAGAAGACUACGCUACGGAGGGCACUGACAGAAAGGAUGUCUUUUUCUACCAAUCGGACGAUGAACAUUACAUUCCCAGAGCUGUGCUCUUGGAUUUGGAACCCAGAGUUAUACACACUAUCAUGAAUUCUCCUUACUCUAAGUUAUACAAUCCUGAAAAUAUCUACCUGUCAAAACACGGUGGUGGUGCUGGAAACAAUUGGGCUUCCGGUUAUCAUCAAGGUGAAAAGUUGCAAGAGGAAAUCUUUGACAUCCUUGAUAGAGAGGCUGAUGGAAGUGAUAGUUUAGAGGGAUUUGUUUUGUGCCAUUCAAUUGCUGGAGGUACUGGUUCUGGCAUGGGAUCUUUUAUGUUAGAAUCUCUAGCGGACAGGUUUCCAAAAAAGUUAAUUGAAACUUAUAGUGUAUUUCCAAAUCAAGAUGAAAUAAGUGAUGUUGUUGUGCAACCUUACAAUUCUCUGUUAACUCUGAAGAGGUUAACGCAGUGUGCUGAUUGUGUUGUAGUUCUAGAUAAUACUGCAUUAAACAGAAUAGCUUCUGAUAGACUACACAUUCAAAAUCCUAGUUUUACUCAAAUCAAUAAACUAGUCUCUACAAUUAUGUCUGUCAGUACAACUACUCUUAGAUAUCCAUCAUACAUGAAUAACGACUUAGUUGGUUUAAUUGCACCAUUAAUUCCCACACCAAGGUUACACUUUUUAAUGACUGGUUAUACCCCUCUGACAACAGAUCAAGAGGGUGCAUCUGUUCGAAAAACUUCAGUAUUGGACGUUAUGCGUCGUUUAUUGCAGCCAAAAAAUAUGAUGGUUUCUACAGCGUUAGAUAGAAAUGCAGCUCAUUGUUAUAUCUCUAUUUUAAAUAUUAUUCAAGGUGAAGUAGACCCAACACAAGUUCAUAAAUCAUUGCAAAGAAUAAGAGAAAGAAAACUAGCCCAGUUUAUCCCUUGGGGACCUGCUAGUAUUCAAGUUGCACUGUCAAGGAAAUCUCCUUAUAUUCAAAGUACUCAUAGAGUAUCAGGUCUUAUGUUAGCCAACCAUACAAACAUUUCAUCGCUGUUUGAUCGCGCUUUACAACAGUACGACAAACUUCGAAAAAGAGAAGCUUUCUUGGAGCAAUUCAGAAAAGAGAAAAUGUUUGAAGACAAUCUAGAUGAACUGGACAACUCGCGAGAAGUCGUGGAUUACUUAGUAAAAGAAUAUCAAGCUGCCACAAGAUCAGAUUAUUUAACAUGGAGUCCAAACAAAACGGACUAAAAAUUUGUAUUGAAAUGCUGCAAAAGCAGUUAAUUACUUUAAAUCUUUAUAGUUCUCAUAUUUUUCAAUUUGGUCCAUGACACUCCAUUUGUUAUAUUAUAACAAAAAAAAAAUUCGCUUAAUCGUCUUUUGUAUAAAAAGGUAAAAUUGCAAUUAACAAAGUAGUUUAACUUUUUUCUAAUAGUCUGUAGAUAACUUAAAUUCUUCAUCACGUUUAAAAAAAUAAAAGCUUCAUUAAUUUUUACUAUGAUUUUUAUAAAAUAUAAAAA